UGUUGAUGAUCGCAUCAUUGAAGAAGAAUAAACGCUGUUGUGAUGAGUGUGUGUGCUCGGCAGGUCUAAAUGUGUGUGUGUGUUUAAAUGUGUGUGUGUUCGCUCACAUGUUGGAGACAGCCUGGCUCGGCUCGGUUCGGCUCGGCAUACAGAUGUUCCAGCUGAGGAUGUAGAAUUUUUUUUGAUUGGUGUGUCUGUGAUUUAUUGUUAUGAUUGAGUGUCUGAUUGGUGUGUGUUUGUGAUUGUUUGUAUUAUUGUUUGUUUGUAUUUGUUGUUAUUUAUAAUUUAAUCGAGCCUCUAACGAUGAGUGUGAAGGACAGCGGGGCUCUCCGGCAGCACAGCUCGGAUAAUAACUCGGUCAGCAGCAGUGACUGGGACAUGGCCAACGACGUGUUCGUGUCCGGGUUCGACGACACCCCUCCGGGAGAUGGACUCUGUGCGGCCGGGGACCCGGACAGACACCUGCCGCUGCUGAGGGGGGAUGACGGCAUGAUGCUGGGCCUGCCGGAUGACGAGUACCCGGGCUCCUCGUACCUGUCCAUCGAGCCGGACUACACUGAGAGCGACGGGACCGUGAGCACCAAGAAGCGGAUCCGGUCCAACAGCUCCCGGCACCGCGGGGACAUCGUCACGGAGCUGGGACCGGAGGAGAUCCGCUGGUUCUACAAGGAGGACCGGCGAACCUGGAAGCCUUUCGUCGGACACGACUCGUUAAAAAUCGAGCUCGUGUUCCGGAGGUUCUGUGAGCAGAACCCGGACCGAUUCAAGCAGCCGGACGACCCUGCCGAGGAGGCAGCCCAGACCGGGGAGGUCCAACCUGACAGCGGGCAGGACGGUGUCGGAGGAGCGCGGAGCUCGGGGUCAGAGGAGGUGAAGGAGUCGGAGGAGGUGAGCGUGGAGGCGGUGUGUGUCCGAGGAGGACUGUACGAAGUGGACAUCCGGGACAAAGAGUGCUACCCGGUCUACUGGAACCAACAGGACAGAAUCCCAGUGAUGAGAGGGCAGUGGUUCAUUGACGGGACGUGGCUACCCUUGGAGGAGGAUGAGAGUGACCUCAUCGAGGUCGACCACCUGGCCCGUUUCCGGGGGCAACAGAUGAGGGACACCUACGAGAUGGAGGUUGUGACGACCACGGUGGACAGCAAGGACUCCAUCCACAGUCUGAAGCUGAGCAGGAGUCAUGUGGACUGGCACAGCGUGGACGAGGUUUAUCUUUACAGCGACGCCACCACCUCCAAGAUUGCACGCACUGUCACACAGAAACUCGGCUUCUCUAAAGCCUCCAGCAGUGGGACACGUCUCCAUCGAGGAUACGUGGAGGAAGCGGCGCCUGAGGACACACCCCCUGAAACCACACAUAUCGUGUUCGUGGUGCACGGUAUUGGACAGAAAAUGGACCAGGGACGCAUCAUAAGGAACACCAGCAUGAUGAGAGACGCGGCGAGGAAGAUGGAGGAGAAACACUUCUCUGACCGCAGCACGGAGCACGUGGAGUUCCUACCGGUGGAGUGGAGGUCCAAGCUAGCUCUGGAUGGAGACACGGUGGACUCCAUCACUCCGGAUAAAGUGCGAGGGCUCAGAGACAUGUUGAACAGCAGCGCCAUGGACAUCAUGUACUACACCAGCCCGCUCUACAGAGACGAGAUCACCUGUGGUCUGACCCUGGAGUUGAACCGUCUCUACUCGCUCUUCUGUUCGAGGAAUCCAGACUUCGAGAAGAACGGGAAGGUGUCCAUCGUGUCUCACUCGCUCGGCUGUGUCAUCACCUUUGACAUCAUGACAGGCUGGGACCCGGUCCGCUUCCAUCAUCAGGAGGUUCCCGACCCCAAGGAAACCGAGGCCCGCUGGCCAAGCGAGCAGGAGCGCCUCCUGCAGGAGGAGCUGAGACUCACACACCUGAGGCUGAGGGACCUGGAGGAUCAGUUUGAGGGUCUGCAGACGUCCUCCUGCGUCUCUGUUCCAGCUCUGAAGUUUAAGGUGGAGAACUUCUUCUGUAUGGGUUCUCCUCUGGCCGUGUUCCUCGCUCUGAGAGGGAUCAGACCGGGAAAUCAUGGCGUGCAAGACCACAUCCUGCCUACAACCAUCUGCAGACGACUCUUCAACAUCUUCCACCCCACAGACCCUGUGGCGUACAGACUGGAGCCUCUGAUCUUAAAGCACUACAGUAACAUUGCUCCUGUUCAGAUACACUGGUAUAACACCACCAGUCCCACUCGGUAUGAUCAGAUCAAACCCACCAUGCUCAACCUGCCCAAGGAGACCGCCUCUGUGUCCGACUCUGAGAGCAUCCCCAGCCCCUGCACCUCCCCCCCUCAGGCCCGACGCCACUACGGAGAGUCCAUCACCAGUUUGGGCAAAGCCAGCAUAAUGGGUGCUGCGAGUAUUGGAAAGGGAAUUGGAGGAAUCCUGUUUUCACGCUUCUCCCGCUCCAGCGGCCAGGUGGGUGGGGUGGAAGAGGAGCCUUCUGAUUGUGAGGGCGGAGCCUCUGAGGUGGAAAACGUGGCAACAGGAGAGGAAGGCGCUGUGAUGGCAGAGAGUGAAGUGAAAGACAAACAGCUGGAGGAGGAGAGGACGGAGGUGGAGCCUGCCAUGUCCCAGUCCACCUCAGUCGUCAUGGACAGCUCCUCAUUGGAGCUGGAGAGACGCAUCGACUUUGAGCUGAGGGAGGGAAUGGUGGAGAGCCGCUAUUGGUCAGCAGUGACCUCACACACAGCCUAUUGGUGCUCCUACGAUGUAGCUCUGUUCCUGCUCACCUUCAUGUACAGACCACAGGAACAUCCUGAACCUGCACAGGACAGCCCAGACACCUUGUAAGAACGAGAGACUCAUCAGAGCAAGAAGAGACAAGACAACAACAUCACAACAACAAG